GCACACACUUGUACUUCUGGCUAAAUUUGGUUUUGUUGUUUUUGCUGCGCGAGAAACGGGAACGCUUAACGAAAAAGUUAUUAAGUGUAAAACUCAAAAACUGCUGAGAGGCAAGACAAAGAACUAGAGUGAGCGACAGAGACAGCGAGAGAGAGACAGCGCGAGAGAGAGAGAGAGCGAGGCAUUGCUGGUAAUAGAAAGAUGUCGGCUAAGCGCAAGGCAGGUGGCAAUGGGGCCGGUCCCACCAAGCGUCGUCCCAAAAAGAAGGAAUCCGACUACGAGGACGAGUUCAGCGAUGAAUCGGACGAUGAUGUCGCCACCGCCGCCCAACAGCAGCAACAGCAAUCAGCUGGUCAAAUGGAGGUGCUGAUACCUCAUGAUCAUCUCGAUCCGCCCAGCAAAUUGCCAGAGGAUUUACUUGCCACGCUGGAGAAGACGCCGGGUCAACUGCUAUUGGCGGGUAUGGUCACCUGGGAUUUGACGGGCAAGCGCGAUCGCAAAAAUGUCACAAAAGUGCGUCCAAAUCUGUUCAGCUUUCAUCGUUUCACAGAUGAGAAGUAUCGCUCUGUGGCCAGUGGUCCCGCUUCAGCGCACACAAUCCUCAUCAAUAUGGAUCGCAAGGCACUCGGCUUCGGACGCAAUCCCAGUGGACAGUUGGGCCUCAGCUCAGACAUCAAGUUGGUGGAGAAGCCCUCGCUGAUACCAGCCCUGGAGCAAUUGAAUAUUGUCCAAGCGGCCGCUGGACGUCAUCACACGCUCUUCCUCACCGACACGGGCACCGUGUACGCCUGCGGCGAGAAUAAAUCCGGACAGUGCGGUGUGGGCAAUGCCCAUCCCAAUGUAUUUGCACCCACACCGAUCAAUUAUCGUGGUCCGCCCAUCAUUCGCAUUGGUUGCGGUGCCGAGUUCUCCGUCAUACUCGAUAUUAAGGGCAAUUUGCAUACGUUCGGCUUGCCGGAAUAUGGCCAAUUGGGCCACAAUACGGAUGCCAAGUACUUUGUGAAUGCCAACAAGCUGUCAUUCCACUUCGAGACAUCCCCCAAAAAGGUUGUGCUCUACAUCGAGAAGAGCAAGGAGGGCCAUGUGACACCGGUCGAUGGUGUUCAGAUCGUUGACUUUGCAUGUGGCAACAAUCACACGGUCGCAAUUGAUUCGAAGAAACGUGUUUAUAGCUGGGGCUUUGGCGGCUUUGGUCGUCUGGGCCAUGCUGAGCCCAAGGAUGAGAUGGUGCCGCGUCUGAUGAAGUUCUUUGAUACCCAGGGACGUGGUGGUCGCAGCAUCUAUUGUGGUUCCACCUUCAGUCUGAUCAUCAACGAGCUGGGACUGCUCUAUUUGUUUGGCCAGAACAAGAAGACGGGCGAGGCCAAUAUGUAUCCGAAGCCAGUGCAGGAUUUGGCAGGUUGGAAUAUAACCGCAAUUGGCUGUGCCAAUACCUCAAUUAUGAUAUCGGCGGAUGACACACUGAUUGCAUGGGGCGCAUCGCCCACCUUUGGUGAGCUGGGCAUCGGUGAGUUCCAGAAGUCGUCGACGGUGCCCAAGGAGGUACCCAAAAUGGAUGGCAUUAAAAUACCUCAGGUCAGCAUGGGCUAUUCCCAUACGGCUCUGCUUGUGGACACCACUCACGAGGCCACCAAGCAGAAAUACGAGAAAAUGCCAGAAUAUACUAUCGAAGAUUAAACAAAAGCAACAACACAAAAGAAAGAAGAUAUACAUUAAAAAAUGAAAGAAAAAAACAAACAAACAUUAAGUAUACCGCUGCCAACAAUAAUACUGCUCUAUAUAUAUACAUAGAUACUACAAAAACUUGAACUGAUCAACGAAACUCUGCUGCUACUUAUACUAAAUGAAAAAAAGAAAACAAAACAAAACAAAAACAGUACGGAUAAUUCAUAAACAUUUUAUGCUAUAAGUUUAAAGUAAUUACUAUUCUCUAAACUCACAACCACCACUCAUAUCUCAAAUAUCGUUUGUGUAUUUAUCAGCAUUACGAUUACGAUUACGAUUACAAUACAUAUUUUCUUGGGUAGUUAGUUUUCGUAAUUUAUUUUUUAUUUAUGAAGUCUUUUUUUUGUAAAAUUCUUGCUGUCUUUAAUUUAUUGCCGCCCAUGAUUAGGCUUAAAAAAAAAAAACAAUUUGUCUAACGCAACUAUUCCAAUAUACUUAUAUUUAUAAUUUCUUAAGACCGAUUUAUUUACAGUAUUUCAUCUAAAGCAACAAGAAAAAGAACACAAAACAACUACAAUGUAAUAACUAAGUGCAUGAGUUACAUAUAUAAAGAUAUAUACAAAUUGAAAGUAUACAACGGAUGGCAAAUCCAAUACAAGAUGCAACUAUUAAAGUACAUCAUGCAUUUUAAUCAUAUACAACAAAAAUAUUUAAAUAAAGAGAAAACAUGUUAGUAUUUAAA